UUUAACUUUUUUGUAAAGCUGGCAAUUUCCAAGCGCGAGGGCCUGGAAACUACAAAUUGACUUUGCAUGGCCUAAUGAUUGUAAGUUAGCACUAUAUCAGUACACCAUAGAUACUAGUAUCUAUGAGUACACUAUGGCUGAUGCGAGUGCUACGCCUAUAAUAAUAAACACUACAUCUAAGAAUGGACCAGAGCCCUGUAACGAGAAGAAUUUUCUGAAUGCCAUUGCUGAUCUAAAAGUGGAGAAAGUCCGUGAUCUUGCCCUGCAGCUUGGUGUUGGUACACCUCACUUGAAUGACAUUCAGAGCACAGACAAGGAGGAGAGGAAGAUGAAACUGACUCAAGUGUUAUUCACACAGAAACGACCUACCUGGGAGACAAUCAUAGAUGCUCUGGAAUCAGAAUGCAUGAAUGAGAAUCACAUUGUCCGAAAAAUUAAGCGAUAUUAUUUUCUCAAACGCACUUCCAUUGAUAUUGAUAGGCCAAAGUCACCACUAACACCACUUUCUCUGAAACCGUUUCAAGAUGAAGAUUUCCCUGAAUGUGAAGAGAAGGAUGUUCUCAAUGCUAUUACUAGGCUUGAUGAUAAGAAGGUGUCAAGCUUAGCAGUCCAGCUAGGUAUUGAAAAGCCUCAAUUAGACGACAUUAGGAGCUGCUCUACAGAAACCAGGAAGUCCAAAUUGGCGGAACUGUGGUUUAGGCACGCUAAAGACAAGCCCCCAACUUGGGCAUCUUUGUUGAAUGCAUUGAAGGCUCCCAGUAUGCAAGAGGAUCGGUUAGCUGACUAUAUCCGAAAGAAAUAUGUUGAGAGAGAAGUAAUUUCCAUGAACACAGACAACGAGGAUUCUGUUCAAUUCCCCCAGCAGCAACUACAAGGUCGACCAAUAAUUGAACUGCAAGAUACAGCAGCUGCUGAUGAACCCACACCAAUGGAAACUGCAGGCUCUGCUCCCGUUGUAGAUAUCUCUGAGCUCAAAGAAGAAGUAGAAAUGUGUGCCAAAAAACAGAAUAGAGCACAAAUCAAGGAGUCAUUUGAUAAACUACUCAAUAAAAUUGCCAAUGAAUUAAAGAGUUACAAUAUUCGUCUUAGUGAAGUUAAAGAUCAUGUCCAGAAGUUUAUUGAUAGUCGCCCUAGUUUUCUCCGCACCAAGAAUUGUCGCCGAAUACAAAUCAACAAUCUCUUUAAUGAAAUUAGCAAGAGUAAGUUGUGGAGUUUCGACAAUUAUGGUCUUGUUCAACAUGUCACUGGCAUCGAAGCGGCUAAUCCAUCAAAAGCCAGCAUGCGUACUUGGUUACAAAAAUACAAGAAGGAGUAUAAUGCAUAUUGUGUUUCAGAAAAGCUAGCUGUAAUCAUUCCGUAUCAUUUUGAAGGAGGGUUUGACAACGAUUUAGAUCGAUAUCCUACUCAUCUCAAACAAGAGCUCAUAAUACAUGUUGAAGCUAGGACUAUUGAUGAUGACUCACUGAAAUACAUUGAUGAUCUAUCGGAAGUGAUCCUAGAGACUUUCAAGAUCCCAUCACUAACAGCUCUACUAAAAAGCAUCAUAAAAAAGUGCUUGAUAAUCACAUGGCUAAUAGAACCGAGUUGGGCUUGCUGCAUACUGAGUGAAAUAUUUGGUUCAGUUUCAUUCUUCACAAAAUACUUGAUAACCAAAGUGUUGCUUGGAGAUGUUUGUAUUUACGAUGAGCAGAGUGGAAUUGCGGACAACCAAGUUUUAUGUAUUUUGUGGCUAAGGCAGGCAAGCUUGAGUGGUCGAAUUCAAAAAUUUCAGGAAGUACUUGCUCAGCCUAUGAUGGACAUGAAUACAGUCCUCUCUUCCGAUGGAGCCACACCUCUCACCAUUACCUCGAUGUGUGGUCAUGUGGAACUAGUGGAGUUCCUCCUGAGCAAUGGGGCUGACUCAAGUGUUAAAAUGGCCAAUGGACAAACAGUGCUGCACCUGGCCGCACUUGAGGACUACCCAGAUGUGGUGGAAUUACUUCACACACACAACCCUGAGCUAGCUGGAGAACGUGAUCAGAAUGACUACUCAGCUUUGAUGGAGGCAGCUGCUCAUGACCAUGUUGAUGUCAUUCGUGUGCUAGUGUCCCAGCAGGAUGAUCUAGGAGACACAGAAAUCCCUACCUUGAAUGAGGCUUUCCUUCUUGCUUUGAUGAAAGGACACACUGACUCUGUCAAGAUUCUUCACAAACGCAGGGCCACCACUUUGAACACUGCUGAGGAGGGGGAAAGUCCACUGGUAGUAGCAGCUGGUGCCGGGCACACUCAAGUUGUGGAAUAUUUCCUCGAAAUUGACCAAGAAAUGAAUCCUGAUACUCUAAAUUUUGAGGAAAAGUCAACUGCUCUCUUCUUGGCCAUAAAAUUUGGACACUUUGAAAUUGUUGACAGACUCUUACGGAGUAAAGAGAUUAUCGACAGUGAAGAUAGUGAUGGAAUGACUCCUCUUGUGUUGGCUGUCUUGAAGCAGUCCCCAAAGUUACUAGAAAUGCUUAUGACAGCUGGAGCAGACCCCAACCUAGCCAACAAAGAUGGCAUGACACCGCUGAUGCUAGCUGCUGAGGCUGGACAGGUAGACAGUGUGAAACUACUGGUGGAGAAAGAUGCAGAGGUCACUCUACCACAUGAGAUGAGUGGUAAAACAGCUCUCCACUUUGCCUCUGAGAAUGGUCACACUGACGUGGUGGAGCUCUUGGCUCUGCCAGAGCACCAAGCCUUGGCCAUCAAAGACAACAACGAUAAGACUGCUCUAGACUUGGCCAAGAAUAGUGAAAUAAAAACAAUCCUGAAAAGGGAAUGGCCAUUUUGGAAGAGAGUUUUGGAGACUGCCAAAAAGCCUUUUCAAUCAAUACGAAAGUACAAUCUUGACUCGAACCUGAUAACUGCUUGCAAGAGAGGAGAUGUUGAGCAAGUGAAACUUUGCCUUCAAAAGAAAGCUAAUGUUGAUGCACUGGACAUACUGCGUUGGACGGGGCUGAUGAGGGCAGCUCACAAUGGACACGAUGAAGUGGUCAAGUUAAUGCUUGAGCAUGGAGCCAACCCCGACAGCAAAGAUAUAGGUGGCUGGACUGCCUUGAUACUUGCUAGUCGAAAGGGCUACUUUAAAGUUGUCAGACAUCUAGUGGACCAUGGUGCAGAUGUGUCCCUUUCAAACUGGCAAGGAUGGACAGCGCUCAUGUGGGCAGCACAGAGUAUUGGCAAACAAAACAAGACGAAAGAAGCUCUACUGAACAGAAUCGAGACUGCCAAGAUUAUUCUGGAGAAAGACGCCGCUAGUGUUGUUGACAAAAGAGCUAAUGAUCAAUGGACACCACUGAUGCAAGCCUGUCAGGACGGCAACACUGGUUUGGUUGAACUCCUUGUAGAGAAGGGAGCCAACACAGAGCUCUUCAAUCCGAAAAACUGGACCCCAUUGAUGAUUGCUACCACAAAAGACAGAACCGAUGUGGUGAAAGCCCUUGUCGAAAGAGGAGCUAAAGGGGAACACAGAAAUGACAAAGAGGGUCACGGAAUGUCUGCUCUCCACGUUGCCUGUGUGAAGGGACGUGAUGAGUGUCUGAGAAUCAUGGUAGAACCUGCCCCUGGGGCAAAGUGUCAGGUGGACCUGGAGAUCAAAGAUAAGUGGGGAAUGACUCCAUUAAUGAUGGCUACUAAAAACGGGAAUGAGAAAUGUAUCGAGAUAUUGGUGGAAAAUGGGGCAGACGUGAACACAAAAUCAAAACAGUAUGCCGGAUGGUCACCACUGUUCUUUGCAAUCAAAGAGGGGCACCUGAAGAUAGCCAAGCUUCUGUUGGCUAACAAAGCUAGCAUGACAACCAAAGAUCAGUAUGAGCAAACACCUCUAGGAUUCGCUUUUAGCCACAAGAAAGAUAUCUACCAAAGCCUGAUAAGCUUCCUUCAAGGGAAACCUCAGGAAUUGAAGGCCAUCAGAGCCACUGGGGAAGCUACCACCAUCAAGACCUCCACUCCCCACACACAAGCUACAUCACUCAGUCCCACCCUGGAUACACCCAUACAGCUGGUACAGGGUGAGGGAACUGAUGCAGCUCCCCCCUCUACAGCAGCACAGACUGAAGUGCCUGGGGCUACUGAAACUGACACUACACCUGCUCAGUUAGACCAACUGAUACAACAGGCAAAGAGUUCUGCUAGGAGUGCAGUGAGCACGAACAUGAAGGACAUUGAGCGCAAGCACAGGAACUACAUGACCCAAGCAAUGCAGAAUGGAUAUUUAGUAGGUCUUAUGCUUAUGAAAAAGUUCAUGAUCUAUUGUGGCCUGCUAGGAAAGUGGUACAACUUAGGAAUUGCUCUGGAAGUAAAGAUAGACAAACUAGAAGUCAUCAAGAAAAACAACCCAAGUAACUGCGAUGACUGCUUCAAUGCUAUGCUUAAGAGCUGCUCAGAGACGAACACCAGUAUCACUUGGACUGGUGUGUGUGAAGCCCUCAGGAGAUCAACAGUGGGUCGUAAUGAUGUGGCAAAAAAUAUUGAAGAAGAGAUACCCCCAGAAUCAAACCGAAAAAUGAGCCAUCACAAUAGCGUUGGAGGUUCUGUGGCGAGUGACAGUGCUAGUGAUGCUUACGAAGAAACGUUUGAAGAAUCGGGUGCCCUAGCUACCAGCCCAAGCUCAACAUCCAAAAGGGAUGGUAGCACUGCAGACUCAGUGUGUGCCCCAGCUACAAGGAAGAAGAGGAGGUACGACAGCACUGCAAAGAUGCAGACGCAGCAGGACAUUGAUUUACGGUCCAUAGACGAUGCAUUUAUAAAACUGCAAGAGGACACAACAAAGUCUCUGACUGAUCAAGAAACAAAGCCAGGAGAUCUCGUGAGGUAUUUGCAAAAGUUUCGACAUCAAAAGGCAGCUGUGAAACUUGAAGAUGGAGAGAAUAAGGUGUUUCGUAGCUAUUUGAAGGAUUUUGAAAAGGAUGACUCAAUAGAAGAUGUCUUCACACGUAUCGACAGGUUUAUGUCGUUCUUGGAUUAUCACAUUUUGGCCAAAAUCAUUGACAAGUAUGGAGACUAUAAGGACAAAGAGAAUUUGAAGAAGUACAGGGAGAAGCUCAAAGUUUUUCUCGAGAAUUGGCAGGUGGAACCUCUUGUAGUCAACGAGAGUACGGAAGAUCAGAUAAAGCUGAAAUUCAAGCUAGACACCGAUUCAAUGCAUAUGUAUUAUGAAAUCGAAGGGGCCAUAGCAGAUUUACUCGGAAUGAAUGUUAAUGACAUAGUUCUGGUAAGCAUCGAUUCUGGCUGUGUUGAGCUUGUCUUUGCACUGCCUACGACAGCAUUUAAGAGGCUGCCAUCCCUCACUCUCUCCCAGAUUGCCGAAGUAGCCGAGUGGACACCUACUGUGCUUAAUGUGACGGUGGUAGAUGGACCUUUGAAAGAUAGUAUCAUCUAUGGGGUGCCGAUCUCAGAGAUGGUGCUGCAAGCCUGUCGCAAUAAGACCCCCCAAAAUGUUGAUUUGGUUAGAAGCUAUCUGGAGCAAAAGAGAUGUGACAUCAACAUGAGAGAAGAUGGUGAGUUUAAAUGGAGCUCGUUGAUGUGGGCUCUUGAGAACUAUUACUUUGAGAUAGCCAAACUGCUCCUGAAGUACAAGCCUCAAGUUCGUAUUCAGGACAAGAGAGAGUGGUCUCCGUUGGUGCUGGCCUGUAGAGCAGGAGACCUGGAGAUAGUGCAGGGAAUAGUGGCACUGGGAGCAGAGAUUGACCUGCCCACAAAUGAUGGAGCCACACCUCUCACCAUAGCCUCACAGUGUGGUCAUGUGGAACUAGUGGAGUUCCUCCUGGAAAAUGAAGCUGACACCACUACUCAAUUGAUCAAUGGGCAAACGGCUCUACAUCUUGCUGCAAGUGAAGGGUUCGCUGAUGUAGCUUCCUUACUACAUAGAAAGAACAGUGAGCUAAUGGGAAUACUUGAUCACAACGACUACUCAGCUUUGAUGGAGGCAGCUGCUCAUGACCAUGUUGAUGUUAUUCGUGUACUAGUGUCCCAGCAGGAUGAUCUAGGAGACACCGAAAUUUCAACCUUGAAUGAGGCUUUCCUUCUUGCUUUGAUGAAAGGACACACUGACUCUGUCGAGAUUCUUCACAAACGCGGAGCCACCACUUUGAACACUGCUGAGGAGGGGGAAAGUCCACUGGUGGUAGCAGCUGGUGCUGGGCACACUCAAGUUGUGGAAUAUUUCCUCGAAAUUGACCAAGAAAUGAAUCCUGAUACUCUAAAUUUUGAGGAAAAGUCAACUGCUCUCUUCUUGGCCAUAAAACUUGGACACUUUGAAAUUGUUGACAGACUCUUACGGAGUAAAGAGAUUAUCGACAGUGAAGAUAGUGAUGGAAUGACUCCUCUUGUGUUGGCUGUCUUGAAGCAGUCCCCAAAAUUGCUAAAUAUGCUUAUGACAGCUGGAGCAGAUCCCAACCUAGCCAACAAAGAUGGCAUGACACCGCUGAUGCUAGCUGCUGAGGCUGGACAGGUAGACAGUGUGAAACUACUGGUGGGGAAAGGUGCAGAGGUCACUCUACCACAUGAGAUGAGUGGUAAAACAGCUCUCCACUUUGCCUCUGAGAACGGUCACACUGACGUGGUGGAGCUCUUGGCUCUGCCAGAGCACCAAGCCGUGGCCAUCAAAGACAACAACGGUAAGACUGCUCUAGACUUGGCCAAGAAUAGUGACAUAAAAACAGUCCUGAAAAGGGAAUGGUCAUUUUGGAAGAGAUUUUUGGAGACUGCCAAAAAGCCUUUUCAAUCCAUACGAAAGUACAAUCUUGACUCGAAGCUGAUAACUGCUUGCAAGAGAGGAGAUGUUGAGCAAGUGAAACUUUGCCUUCAAAAGAAAGCUAAUGUUGAUGUACUGGACAUACUGCGUUGGACGGGGCUGAUGAGGGCAGCUCACAAUGGACACGAUGAAGUGGUCAAGUUAAUGCUCGAGCAUGGAGCCAACCCCGACAGCAAAGAUAUAGGUGGCUGGACUGCCUUGAUACUUGCUAGUCGAAAGGGCUACUUUAAAGUUGUCAGACAUCUAGUGGACCAUGGUGCAGAUGUGUCCCUUUCAAACUGGCAAGGAUGGACAGCGCUCAUGUGGGCAGCACAGAGUAUUGGCAAACAAAACAAGACGAAAGAAGCUCUACUGAACAGAAUCGAGACUGCCAAGAUUAUUCUGGAGAAAGACGCCGCUAGUGUUGUUGACAAAAGAGCUAAUGAUCAAUGGACACCACUGAUGCAAGCCUGUCAGGACGGCAACACUGGUUUGGUUGAACUCCUUGUAGAGAAGGGAGCCAACACAGAGCUCUUCAAUCCGAAAAACUGGACCCCAUUGAUGAUUGCUACCACAAAAGACAGAACCGAUGUGGUGAAAGCCCUUGUCGAAAGAGGAGCUAAAGGGGAACACAGAAAUGACAAAGAGGGUCACGGAAUGUCUGCUCUCCACGUUGCCUGUGUGAUGGGACGUGAUGAGUGUCUGAGAAUCAUGGUAGAACCUGCCCCUGGGGCAAAGUGUCAGGUGGACCUGGAGAUCAAAGAUAAGUGGGGAAUGACUCCAUUAAUGAUGGCUACUAAAAACGGGAAUGAGAAAUGUAUCGAGAUAUUGGUGGAAAAUGGGGCAGAUGUGAACACAAAAUCAAAACAGUAUGCCGGAUGGUCACCACUGUUCUUUGCAAUCAAAGAGGGGCACCUGAAGAUAGCCAAGCUUCUGUUGGCUAACAAAGCUAGCAUGACAACCAAAGAUCAGUAUGAGCAAACACCUCUUGGAUUCGCUUUUAGCCACAAGAAAGAUAUCUACCAAAGCCUGAUAAGCUUCCUUCAAGGGAAACCUCAGGAAUUGAAGGCCAUCAGAGCCACUGGGGAAGCUACCACCAUCAAGACCUCCACUCCUCACACACAAGCUACAUCACUCAGUCCCACCCUGGAUACACCCACACAGCUGGUACAGGGUGAGGGAACUGAGGCAGCUCCCCCCACUACAGCAGCACAGACUGAAGUGCCUGGGGCUACUGAAACUGACACUACACCUGCUCAGUUAGACCAACUGAUACAGCAGGCAAAGAGUUCUGCUAGGAGUGCAGUGAGCACGAACAUGAAGGACAUUGAGCGCAAGCACAGGAACUACAUGACCCAAGCAAUGCAGUCAGGAAGAACAGCUGCUAGUGCUGCAUAGCUCACCAAUUAUUUUGUUUACAUGUACAUGUAUAAAUUAUGAUAAUUAUUCAUGACUCUGUGUUACCA